GUCACUUUAUAGCGGGAAGCUGCUACACCGCGCGCGCUCUUACAGAUCCGAGGGGCUGAACAGGCAUGGCAUUGGCCAGAGGAGAGAUUGGAGGAUGUAGAGGUGAUCGGACCUGCCAAUGACUGGUGCCGGCAGUGUCAAGAUUGGCCUCUGUGAAGGAGGUCCGUGAGCUGAUGCUUCUUCUGAUGCUUCCUCUGCAGAAUUGGUCUGAUGGAGCAAAGGCACUCAGCGCGGCUCGGUAGACAAAGACAACAAUGGGACCAGUAUGCAAACAGCAUGGAUUCUACUGGAAAUUUUACACAGGACCAGAGAUUUCCAAUGGGAGAGAAACCCUUCAAGUGCACUCUGUGUGGGAAGGCAUUUUCAAAUUCAUCUGCUCUUAAAAUACACCAGAGAACACACACAGGAGAAAAACCCUUCCAGUGCACUGUGUGUGAGAAGGCAUUUUCACGUUCAUCUUAUCUUAAAAAACACCAGAGAACACACACAGGAGAGAAACCCUUCAAAUGUAGUGUGUGUGGGAAGGCAUUUUCAAGUUCAUCUUCUUUUAAAAUACACCAGAGAACACACACAGGAGAAAAUGCCUUCAAGUGCACUGUGUGUGAGAAGGCAUUUUCAAGUUCAUGUUAUCUUAAAAUACACCAGAGAACACACACAGGAGAGAAACCCUUCAAUUGUAGUGUGUGUGGGAAGGCAUUUUCAAGUUCAUCUUAUCUUAAAAAACACCAGAGAACACACACAGGAGAGAAACCCUUCAAGUGCACUGUGUGUGGGAAGGCAUUUUCAAGUUCAUGUUAUCUUAAAAUACACCAGAGAACGCACACUGGAGAGAAACCCUUCAGGUGUAGUGUGUGUGGGAAGGCAUUUUCAGAUUUAUCUGCUCUUAAAAAACACCAGAGAACACACACAGGAGAGAAAGCCUUCAAGUGCACUGUGUGUGGGAAGGCAUUUUCAAGUUCAUCUUAUCUUAAAAUACACCAGAGAACACACACAGGAGAUAAACACUUCAAGUGCACUGUGUGUGGGAAGGCAUUGUCAAGUUCAUUUUAUCUUAAAAAACACCGGAGAACACACAGAGGAGAGACACCCUUCAAGUGCACUGUGUGUGGGAAGGCAUUUUCAAGUUCAUUUUAUCUUAAAAAACACCAGAGAACACACACAGGAGAGAAACCCUUCAAGUGCACUGUGUGUGGGAAGGCAUUUUCAAGUUCAUCUUAUCUUCAAAUCCACCAGAGAAUGCACAAAGGAGAGAACCCCUUCAAGUGCAGUGUGUGUGAGAAGGCAUUUUCACAUUCAUCAAAUCUUAAAAUACACCAGAGAACACACACAGGAGAGAAACCCUUCAAGUGCACUCUGUGCGGGAAGGCGUUUGCACAGUCACAACAGCUUCAUAGACACCAGAGAACACACAGGCAUCAGAAGACCCCCAAGGAGUGUAGUCUGAAAUCGAUUUGUGAAAGUCAAAGUGCUGCAAUGAGCCCAUCCCUCCUGAAAAAAGAACCAGAAGUAAAUUCCAGCUUGGACACUAUGAAAUGUAUCAAGGUGAAAAUUGCAGAGGCGAAGGUGAAAUGUGAAGAGGUGAUAGUGAAGAGCGAAGAAGUGAAGGUAAAAUGUGAAGAUGAACAUUCAACUCCAGAAUCGGACCUUAACAUCAAUGGAGGCAACGUGAAGCAGGAGGAGAAUGAUGACUGUGAGGCAGAGCGAGGCAACUCCCAGCAGUUUGUGGAAGUGGAGGUGUGGGUGGACUUCUUAGACAAUACAAAGUCAAAUGGAGAACCUGUAGAUGUGUAAGCUUGAGACAAUGAAGCUCCAAUAGAUUCACAUUUGUCACAGGCCUUUAAUGAAAAUAACGUGAAGUUGAACACUCCAUUCCUAGGUUCAACCUGCAGAGUAAGAGCGGUCAGUAUUUGCGGACCUGUGGGUUGGGUAGAUCUCUAACUAGGAGCGAGAGCCAAUAAGCUCCCAAGCAUUCACUAUGUUAUAAUAAUAUUAGCAUUUAUAUGGUGCUUGCUUAAUCGCCUCAGCAACUCGGGAGUUUUUUAUUAUCUCAUCACAAAUACUUAAAGAGCACGCCUUUUGGCGUCCUCUGGAUUAACACCGUUUGAUGCUAGGCUCUAAAGAAAGCUGUCUCUGGUGUGGACCAAUCAGUUUCAAAGACAAUGCAUAUGUUGUGUCCUAUGACUAACCACACGGUGAUCCGAGGGGAGAGAAAUUCACGUAAAGACAGAGACACAACCCAUACAUCGAGACUACUGCAAGUUACAGAAGACUACAAGCGACAGAGUACUGCGACGGGCAGACUCCGGGGCAUGGCCUCGAGAUCAACAAUGGGUGUUGUCUCGCAGAGAAGAGGGGCGAGGUGAUGCUCGGUGCUGAGUUCGGCAUGGACCGACAGAGUAUCGCUGAGAGUUUUAUUCUACAUUCAUCCUGAUGUUUUGAGUCUCUUGCAAAGUCAAGGAUUGCGAUAAGUUGUAUUGUACUAAGCUUUCACAGUUGUUUAAGAGGUGUGCGAAUACAAUUUACAAGUUUUGAGAGUGAGUGCCAGCUCCCACGAGCUGCUGCAGCCCGAGAGAUAGAGUGACGAGCAACGACGAGCAAUCAACCGGGAAAAAGGGUGGAAGCCCAAGCAUCGACCCAGCCAGCAUCGCAGAGCACCAGCUGCACACGCAACCAGGCAUCGCCAGAGAGCACAGAGCCGGAGAGAGAGCGCAGCAGCGCCACCGAGCAAGGGUGUCAGCUGCCAGCGGACGAGCGGCGAGCGCUGUCGAGCACCUUCAAAGACAAGCGUCGUGCCGACUCGGCUCAUCCAGCAGGGGAAAGAGCCUGACCAGCCGCCCGUGAGGAAGAGGAGAGCGCCGUGGGUUUGACCCACACACACCGACCAGCACCAGCUGUGAACCAAGACAAGAGUGAGGAACGGUGACCAGCAGACGAGCUGCGGGCACUAUCUGACGACGGAAUCAUCGCGCACCGCCGACGGCGAGCGUCUUGCCGACUCUUCAUCCAGCAGUGGGCAGCAGCUCCAGCUGCCGCCGAGCGAGAGAGAGUGAGGAAGCUGUGUGUAUGACCCUCCCCCACACUCACAUACUCGCCACGUAUCACCCAGCGUCUGCUUGACGCGAAAAAUUCAUCAAGGAGACAAAACCACCAAACACACACAUACCGGGACUAAUAAUGAGAAGAAUAAUCAUAAGAGUGCGUCAACUCUUAGCUGAUAAUGAAGAACAUUGCUGCUUAUCGAGUCACGUGGAUACGGUCUUUGAGAAGUAUUUUAGUCGUUCGUUUUGUUAAUUUUAACUGUACCGAUGAAUUCAUUGACGAAACUAAACGUUUAGAAACAUACGUUACGAAUCCACACACUCACAGGGAGACUAUUGUGUUGAAAUCUUUCUUUUGAUCACAGAGUCUUGCCCGCGAAUUUAUUGAAGCCUUAGCCAAUUGAUAAGCAUUUGCUGAAGCAGGCACUCUGCCGCACACCAUUGUUCCAAGACGUUUAGUUAAUUACAUAAUCUACCAAUGAAUUCAUUGAGGUCUACUUUUUCAUUCGGGACAUGUUUCAUUAUUGACGUUCGUAUGAAUAUCAUCACAUUUAUUUUUAAGGACUUUUUCCUAUGCUCGCGUUACUCUGGGGAAUUAACCGAUUGCUCUGUUACCCAGUUUAACAACGUAAUCAUUGAGUGUUAAAUGUACGGAUCAAUGAGCACAUCUCCAGGAGUACUGUGACAAUUCCAAGCAUAAGAGUUUGCAUAUUAGAGUGUUAUAUUUUUGUUUAGAAAUUAAAGUUGCU